AUGAGCCUCUAUCUCUCCGAGUUGCUCUUCUUCCUGGUGAUCUCACUGCCUUCAGGAAAUGCUCUGUUUGGGAAUGAUGGAGUAGAAUUUCGUGCCUGCGCUAAAAUCAAUGGCACAUGCUUCUUUGGUUGUCUGCCGGGGUGGCAGUGGAUCGCGUUCUGCCAUAACAUUUUGUCUUGUUGUAAAAAAAUGACAAAGUUUUUGGUCCCUCAAGUCGAGGAUCCAUGGAGAACAUAA